AGCGCGGUGACUACAUCAAUUCACAUUGAAUGAUACUAGAAAGUUCGACUUGAAGUUCGAAGUACCGCAACACCACGCAGACAUCUAUCCGACAGCCAUGGCGUCCAUGCAGGAGAUAACGGAUGAGUCCGUGUUCCAAUCGACCAUCACUGCCCUCCCCGCUUCCACACUCGCCGUCAUAUACUUCCACGCGCCAUGGGCAAAGCCAUGCGAGCAAAUGUCCGUCAUCCUCAAGACACUCGCCAGCACAUACACGGCCGACGCCCCAAUAACGUUCCUCUCGCUCAACGCCGAAGAAUUACCUGAGGUCUCCGAGGCCUACGACGUCACAGCGGUACCUUACAUAGUCCUGCAAAAAGACGGCAAGACCCUAGAAACAGUCUCUGGCUCAGACGCAUCAAAAGUACGAGCAGCGGUGGAGAAAUACGCCGGCGCCGGCAACGGUUCAGCAUCGAGUUUACCACCCGCGCAAACCGUCACACCACGAGCAGAAAACGGCACAGAUAGCACAGGCAAGAACCUCGCAGGUUACGCGCCUUCCGCACAAGACCCCAAGACCGCGCCCGAAUACAGCGGUAGCGAACACCAACAGGGCGAGCAGCAGACGAACAAGGAUGAGCUACACCAGCGGCUAUCAGAGCUGGUCAAAGCAGCUCCUGUUAUGCUGUUCAUGAAGGGCACACCGAGCGCGCCACAGUGCGGGUUUAGCAGACAGACUGUGGCUAUUCUGCGCGAGAAGGGCAUUAGGUAUGGCUUCUUUAACAUUUUGGCCGACGACGAGGUCAGGCAGGGGUUGAAGGAGUUUGCGGAUUGGCCGACUUUCCCGCAGUUGUGGGCAGAUGGGGAGUUGGUGGGUGGUCUUGAUAUUGUCAGGGAAGAAUUCGAAAACGACCCAGAGUUCCUGUCACAGUACGCCGCAAACGCGCCCAAGACAGCGGCUUGAGUUGCUACUUUCCUUUCACUGCCGACACUAAGGUCAUAUGCUUGGCUACCUUUCAGUUCCAAACGAGCUAUGUGGAAGAUACAUUGAUGAUGGGAUUUUUUCGGACUUGGACUUGACGAAAAUCAGGGAUACAGGGUUUAUCUAGCUAUAUCUCCUCCUCCUCCUCCUCCUCCUCCUUCUUCUUCUUCUCUUCCCAGUAUAAAUUAAUAUCUUUUUGCUUGGCAAA